CAUGCGCGUAGCUCGCUUGUAGACUCAACCACAUUCGUCCGAGUGAAUAAAACACGAGUGAUUAAAUAUGCGAUAGCAGCUUAUAUUUUGAUGAUGCAAGCGGGAAGUCCAGAUAGCACGGCUGUUUCUGAAGCCCCAAGCAGCGGCAGUGAAGAAUCUGAUUGUGAGCCGGAGGUAGAAGCCGAUGCGGCGUUUACAGAAGAAUGGGCGCGAGAAUUAUUGGGUUACUCGGGUGUGGUCGGAGCACAAGAGAUUCGAGUGGACUCAAGGGCUGGAGUAGCCGGCGCUCUCAGCAGAGUAUUAGCGGUAACAGUUCGCUACGAGAGCGCAGGAGAACCGCACGCUCUUCCCCUUGUGGUGAAACUUCCCCCACGUGAUCCAUUCGGCAGGCUUUGCGUUGCCGAGGCUCAAUUCGACACUAGAGAAAUACUCUUCUAUACUGAAUUGGCUCCAGCUCUGAAUGAACUGGCGGAAGAAGCACUGGGCCUUCAUGAAGGCCUGCCGAUACCACGCUGCAUUAAAGCUAGGCUACCUGAUGAAAUCGGCGGAGAUAGCGAGCUUGUGCUGGAAGAUGUUACAUCUGUUGGUUUUGAAUCAGCAGAUUUUACCGAAGGCCUAACUAUAGAUAGGGCUAGGGCAGCAUUAUUUGCAGCAGCACGACUGCACGCCCUUUCCUUAGCUCUUCGCGAACGAGAGGGUCCUUUAGAUCAACGUUUCGACUUUCUAUUUCCGUGUGAGCGAGCCGCUGCUGGAUAUCUCCGACUAGUUAGAAGAGGCUUACCUCAACUUGAAGCUUUUCUUAAAGGCCGAACGGAUUGUAAGGGGGAAACCGAUGCUGUAGCAGCUCUUAGUGCUAGGGCUCCAUCUCUUCUCGGCACUCUACUUAGGCCUGCUGAACCAGCGCCGCUCGCACAUGCGGACUUUUGGAGCGGCAAUCUUCUAUUUCGAGAAAGGGACGGGGUGAGCGAAUGCAUCGCGUUGGACUGGCAAAUGGUAUCUCUUGGUCGCCCGAUGGAUGACGUAGCACUGCUACUUUUAUCGUCUCUGACGCCAGAAAUGCGAAGAACAAUCGGUGAUUCAUUAAUUGAAGAAUAUGGGGAUCGUUUAGAAGCGGAGUGUAAGCGAUUAGGAGCUGAAACUACGGGUGCAGUGGUCAGAAGGAGUUUAAAGCAGGAUUGGCCAAGAGCAGCUUUAAGAGCUUUGCUCCUUUGCGCGGGAAGUGUGGAUGUAGCGCUAGGGGAACCUCGUGCUGAAGAGCGAUUACUAGAAGCCGUGAGAGACUUGUACUCCCAAGGUGUCCUGGAUUUAAAAGCUGAAUCGGAGCAGUAAAUUUCCGUUAUAGUGCCAAUGAUAAUUAUAUAACAUAUUGUUAAGUAAAACAACCGCUCAAAUUUUACUUAUGAGUACAACUUCUUCAACAUAGAUCAAACAUUAUUUGCUAGCUACUGCCGUCUUUUACAGUAUCGGAUCUUGGAUGUAUUAUGUACCUACGCUUAUUACCAUUCGUUAACAAUGUACGUAGAGCCUUAUUAUAUAAUACUUUGCUGAUUAAUUAUUGUUGUUAUCAGAUCGUGUACAGCAAUGCAAUAAUAAUAUUAGAUAUCUUUGUGAAUGUUGUGACUGUGGAAAGCCUAAGUAAAGACUGAAUUGAUGUUCUGAAAUAGAAGCCGUGAUUAAUUGUGUUACAAAUUGAAAGGCUAAUAGUUAUAAGAAGUGGUCAUGUACGAACAAUUUUAUGAUAUUAUGUAACUUAUGAAUGAAUUAAACGAAUGAAUUAAGAUGAAA